GCGUCCCGCAUAACGUCGAUCUAAAACACCCGCAUGGCGCGACGAACAAGCUUUUCCAUUUGUUCUUCGAUCAUUCCACGCGUCUCCCUAGCGUUUCCCCUCAAUAUGUAGAAUACCCCACAGAUUAGUGGUGCGUAUAGUUUAAUCUAUUCUACCGGGUUCUCUCCCGUCAUGGACCAGAUAGAGCCGCAAUCCUGGAUAGCCUGGUACUGCUAUAUUUCCAUCGUGCGUACUUAAGUCAAAAUGUUCCCUUUGAUGUUUGGAUUGUUCCGUUUUGCUGCUGUUGACUCCGAGCAUCAUGGUCAAGUCGAUUGUUGUCGCUCUUUCGCUGGCGAGUCUAGGGCUUGCCGCGCCGUUCCCGGCGAAUGCGUCAACCUGGUCCGGAUGGAAGAAUGUCAAGUACAUGUUUGUUUUUGGCGACUCGUACACCCAGACCGGCUUUGAUGUCAACGGAACGCAGCCGAAUCCCUCAAAUCCCAUGGGAAAUCCACCGUAUCCAGGAUGGACAUCGUCAAACGGUCCGAACUGGGUCGGCUUCCUCACAACCACGUACAAUGAAAGCUACCUCCAAACGUACAACAUGGCCUAUGGAGGCGCCACUGUCGACAGCGCGAUCGUAGUACCAUACGCGCCGACCGUCAUCUCCAUGAAACAGCAAGUCCAGGACCAGUACCUUCCCACUUACGGCUCCCACCCUUCCUCCGCUCCUUGGACCGCCUCUGACUCGCUCUUCGCAUUCUUCAUCGGUAUCAACGACGUUGGCAAUUCGUGGUGGCUGGCCAAUGCUACCGCCAUCCAGGACCAGAUCUUCGCUGUGUACGACGGGUUGCUGGAGCAGGUGUACGAGACGGGCGCACGCAACUUUUUGUUCCUGUCUGUUCCGCCGGUUAAUCUUGCGCCGUUGACGCUGCAGAGUGGGAACUGGUCGAUUGAAAAUGAGGGCAAGAUGCUUGAGACGUGGAACGCGAAGCUGAAGAACAUGACGGACAAGUUCAGCGCACGGCACGACUCCGCGAACAUGUUCAUCCACGAUACGCAUGGCGCGUACGCUGCGGCGCUCGAGGAUCCGACCGUCUUCCCGCAGACGAGUGGGAUCAAGAACACAACCGGCUAUUGCGAGGCUUAUGCGAAUGGCGCGCCUACAUGGUACUAUUCCAGCCCUAACUGCAGCUACCCCGUAAACGAGUACUUCUGGCUCAACAAUCUGCAUCCUACUUUCCCGAUGCAUAACGCGACGGCGGCGUCGAUUGUGGAGUACUUAGACCCGUGAACUAGGGCCGUUCAGAGCAGCAGAACCGGACUCAGAACUUUCUUGUACAUACUUGAUAGCAAAAUCCAUAUAUCCGUUCACUCACAGCG